AUGACCAGUGCAGGCGCUCAAGAUGAAACACCCGCCCAUAUCUCAUACCUGGCCGGGUACAUCUUCCUCUCGUAUGUGAUCAGCUCCAUGGGAUGUGCAACUACCCUUGAGCUUCUGCAUCGCAGAACAUCCAGAUCUGGUUUCUACAAUUGGUAUCUGCUCCUCACUUCCUCCAUCACCAUGGGCGGUAUCGGGAUUUGGUGCAUGCAUUUCAUCGGCAAUCGUGCGAUUGUCCUCGGCGAUGGAGCACAGAACAUCCAAAUUUUCUAUAAUGUUGCUUUUACCGGAACCUCCUUUGUACUCCCCGUCGUCGUUCUUCUUGCCGCCUUCUACUCCGUCGGGGUUGAAGAGAAAGCGAGUUACGUUCGUAUCCUGCUCGGAGGUUUUCUCACAGGAAGCUCUGUCUGUGGCAUGCACUAUGUCGGCCAACUCGGUAUUUCAAACUAUAGAUGCGCCUAUAAUGUCGCCAACGUUGUCGGAUCCGCAGCUAUCGCUAUUUUCUCGAGUAUCGCUGCGCUUGGAAUUUUCUUCCGAUGGAGAGCGUCAUGGACUGAUAGUUGGUGGAGACGUGGUAUCUGUGCCUGUUUACUUGCUGCUGCUGUCUCGGGCAUGCACUGGACUGCAGCCGUCGGUACGAGCUACAGAGAACGCGAAACGUCCAUCCAGCAGGGAUCUCAAUUGUCGCGAAGCCAGACUGUCAUUGUCUGUGCUGUACUAGCCUGCGUCUCGUGUCUGAUUCUGUCCGCCUGUGCCAUUGUGGCCGGUGGGAACCGACGACGAUCGACUACUCGCGCGCACCAGCUUGUGCUCGCGUGUGCUUACUUUGAUCCUGCUGGACGUGUUAUGGUCACCCCGCAAGCGCUUCUGCCGCUUCGGAAGGUCGUCGAUCACUACAUUGGACGGACCUUUAAAGAUGACGAUCUGACCCGCACUCACCCGACCUUCCUCUGGGCCUUCAGAGCAAGCCGAAACUGGCCCGUUGUGAAAGAUCUUAUUCCCUUCAUGCGAAACCGUCUGGACUCCGAACAGCGCGCUAUUCGAAGACACGUCAUUACUCGCGGGGUUGUUAUGGACAAGGAUACCGAGCUGCAGACCGAUUUCGAUACCCUGUUCAAGCAGCUCUUCUGUGUGACAGCUCAGGAGAUUUCCGACGACCUUCGCCAGCCCCUACAAGAUCUGGGAACCUUAUACGACGACGUCCUCUCAACAGCGAUUCCUCUCUCACGACUUUCUCGAGCUAUGGGUCGUUCAUCGCUGCGUACAGGCAAGGGUCAGCUUAUGUUUAGUGUUAAACAGCUACAGAAGCAUGAAGCAACUCGCUUUGCCUCGAUUGGAUUCCGUUUUGCGACCAUCGAGCAUAUCACAUCGACCCUCUCCCGCCGUAUCCAUGUCCCAGAGCCGACUCUCAUUGAGCGCCUGCGGGAUAUGCGCGACUACGCAUCCUCCAACCGUACUUUCGGGGAGGGUGUUCACCUUAUCUCGUUCGUGAUGCGUCCCACCGUCGCCGACCAUUUCGAAAUUCUCACCACCAAGGGCACCGGUAACCCGUUACCAUCUGCUACCUUGCCCUUGAAACGACUGCAGGUGCAACAUCUCGAUCUCAUUUCUCACAUGGAAGGCUGGUCAAUGAACUUCUGCUUGAAGUAUCUCGCAUCCUCAGCUGCCAAACAAUCCGAUUCCGCAAUUGACGAGUUUCGUCAAUACCUCAUGGACGGAAUCGCCUCUCUCUCCAAAACACUCCCAGAGGAUAUGCGUGCAGCGGCGCGCUUUUCUGCUCGACCUCUCGUAACACCCUGCCGUACUGCAGGCCGAUUCUCAGAAGAAGACUUGAAGCCCCAACAAUGCACCCUCCUCUCAUUCUGUGUCGUCGGCACCCUUGACACACAGGUCCCCAAUUCCGACUUCACAUUCACUCCCUUCCGUCUUUUCCGCGUUCAGCAGCAAGUCAACGACAGCAUUGCCGACCGAGAUGGAUUCACCCGCGAGCUCAGUCAGGAGCUAUUCAUUACUGACGUUCGCUCCGGCUCAGUAGCGUCAGAAGCAGAUAUUCUGGCCACGACAAAGAACGCGUUCCUUCGCAUGUGGCCGUCUCGAAAGGCAUCUACUUCUGGAACAAUGAACUCUCAGGAAUCAUUAUUUGAGACCCCCACAGCCCUUGGUGAUAUCACAGUGCAGAAAGAGGUUCGUGUUGACGUUAGUCGGCUCAAUGAAAACGCAGCUCACAACCCCGUUGGCACACACGAUGCUAUCAUCGCGGCGGGUGACGAUGUCACCACCCCGACCACAUACGUGGAUGAACUGUACAGUCUUUGCUAUGAGCCAGGCAUCCGUCUCCGUCCGGACUCGACAUUACAACACAUGCAGCGCAAAUCCGAAUUGUGA